AUGUUUGUUUCUUCAAUGCUGCAAUAUGACAAAGCCAUGAGUUCAACACUGAGCAAGAGGGACAAGAAAAAACUACGAUUGAAAAGCAAGUUUUUUUUGAGUGUUUUAAAGUCUGAUAGCACUGCUAAAUUGCAAAAAGUUUUUACUUCUGCUCAUCUGAAUCAGCUCAAGAAGGAUCGUAAAGAGAAAACACUUGUACCCUGGCAAGAAUUCUUUUCCAAGGUUUUGAAAAGCUUCUGGUCUCCCACAUAUCCUGCAGGCAAUCAAAUUCCCAACUGGGACAGGAUUCUCAACCUGAACGAUAAAAAGUCGAUUGAUCAGCUUAAAUGGAUCUUUUUUUCUGAGAGAAUCGCAAAGCGUGACAUUUUUAGAUUCUUUCAAGCUAGCGAGGCAGGGAAAUUUUUCCCCCCUUCCUUUAAAAUGCCAUCCAUUGCAUCGAUUACCAAAAAUCUUGUA